AUGAAGAAUUCGCAAUAUGGAAACAAGGAAGAUACUAGCUCUCCAUCAACAAGCAGCCUUCCCCAAACAAUAAAGAGGCGCAGGACAGAUUCAUUUUCCAUGUACAUCCAAAAGGUGAUGAAAGAGGUGAACCCAGAUCUAAGCAUCUCCUCCACAGCCACGAAAGAGGUGGAAAAACUUGUCAAAGACAUCUUGGAGGUAAUUGCUGGCCAGGCAGGCCGAUUGGUUCGCUAUAAGAAGCAACAUACACUGUCGCAAAAAGAUCUUGAAAUGGCAGUUUGUUUUAUACUUCCUGGGCAGAUGGCAAAGUAUGCCAUGUAUGAAGGCAACAAGGCUACUAUAAUUUACAAGCUUUUGCACAAGAUCUGA